AUGAGCGACAGUCAGUUUCAGUAUGGAGUGGGGCAUACUUCAGUGAAAAUGCAUCAGCCACCAGGAGGGAGCUCAAGUAUUAGCUUGGGCUGGGACGAGCCUUCAAGACCUCCUGUUCAAAGAUUCAAUAACGCCCCUCCAAGGGAGCCAAUCUCAAAUAUUUUUUCAAAUCAACAACCUCCGAUCCGGCAAGAAAAAAACAUUUUCCCCGGUUUUCAGCAAAAUUUCCCUAAUUUCAAUAGCGAGCCUCAGUUAGCACCCCAACAGAGAGAUGAAUACCCUCCCCAAGACCAAUUUCAGCUACCUAUGCCUAUACCAUUUUUCUAUAAAUUUACUAUUUCUAUAACCCCAAAAUCCAUUUUCCCUAUACAAGCCAGUCAUAUAUAAUUUCAAAGUCGAUUUAUAUAGCCAACCCCCAGAUCCAAGACCUUACAAUCAGCCUGACAUGGCAAGAAAUCAUUUUAUGAAAGAAUCCCCUCCAAAUUAUUACCAAAGGCAGCAAAUGUCAAACAAUAAUCAAGGUCUGCAAAAUUAUUCACAGCCUACAAGAAUAGAGCAAGUUCAAAGGCCUGAAUUUGUGCAGAGGCAAGAACCAAUGUUCCAGAGCCCACAAAUGCAGAGGGGUGACAUGUAUCAGAGACCUGAUAUAAAUCAGUUUCCACCUGUUCAAAGACCUGAUAUGUUUCAGCGAGAAAUGGGGUAUCAAGGAGCUCCUAUUCAAAGAUCAGGACAUGGGACAAGAGAAAGACCGCCUGAUCCUUAUAUUAGACCAAACCAGUAUGAUCCUUAUCAGAGAGAACAAGGCUAUCAGCCUCCGCAGAAUUAUAGACAAGAAGAGCCCAGAGCUAGUCCGAAUUAUCAGCAGGAUUUUGAUAUGAAGCCGUCUGUAAGAGUGAGCAAUCCGCCUGGAGGGAGAAGCAACUUUACUCUUGGAUAA